AUGUCGGCCAGCGACACCCUCUUGCAGCUCCAGGCCGACCUGCUGGGCGUGGUGGUCGAGCGCUCCGAGAUGAAAGACCAGGGCUCACCCUCUGGCUUCUCCCCAGGACGACCGCCUUGGGCGCCGCCCUCCUCGCGGGGCACGCCAUCAGCCUCUUUGGCUGACCUGGCGCGGCCCGAGACGCUCUUCGCGACCCAUUCGGCGGGCAAGAGGGUGUUCAAGCCGUCGAUCACAAAGGCGAAGCGGGACCAGAAGUACCGUUGCUGGAGCCGGGAGGUGGCGUACAGCAAGGGCUGGCUGGAGGACGGCGAGCCGGGAUCGCGCGACGAUAGCUUCCUCGACUGCGUCGAGAUUGUCAACCACGGCCAGCAGCUACUUGCCCACUCCCUCGACAACGCCUUCCCCGGCGAGCAGGGCCAGCCCGUCUUCCAGGGCGACGCCAACAAGCCUAUUGUCCUCAACCCCCUUGCCAACACAAUCAAAGCCAAACAGACUCUCCAUUUGCUCCUCCGGAUUAAUUGUUCUGGCUGA